AUGAACCGCACUGUCGAGCUUCCACCCCGAGCUUCGGGCGAGGAAGAGAUUGAGCAGCUUCGCGAGCUCCCCACGCCCAACAGCGAGGUUUCUGGCAGCCAAAGUACGCACGGCAGCUACUUUGGUAGCGCCGGUCUCACAUCUCCGCGCACACGCAAGCACAGCUUUGGUGUGCGUGAGAAUGGCUCCAUGUCCAUGUCCGCGUCUGGCUCGAUGCCUUGGACAGUGAGCAACAGCUCAUCUUUCGGAAGCAACAGCAACUCGCACUCUCCUGACCGUUUCUCAUGGUCUGGCCACCAGUCUUCCCACAGCUCGAUCGGUGGCGGCGACCACGGCGACGGUGCUCAACCUAACAGCUUUGACAGCUACAGCAGAGCCUCUGGUUAUGCAAGUCCCUCGGUAGAGAGCCACUACACAGGAACCAUGACUCCUGCUGCUGGUCUGUACAACGCUUCCGCCAACACUUCGUUUGCCAACGUAGCACUCAAGUACCGCAAGUCUUUGGCACAACGUGUGCUGAAGGAAGACGAGAAAGUCGAAAAGCCUUGGUUGGAAGACAAGAAGCGCAGGUCUUCCGAUCGCAAGGCCUACUGGACUUUCAUCUUUGGUCUCUCCUUCGGUCUGGUUGGCGCCAUGCUGCUCAUGUACUUUGCCUAUGCCGGCGUGCCGAAGGGCAAGUACUGUCUUGUGCUCGACGAGCAGUUCGAGGGAGACACGAUCAACAAGGAUAUCUGGUUCCACGAACUCGAAACCGGCGGAUUUGGAAACGACCAGUUCGACUGGACUACCGAUUCGACCAAUAACUCUUUCGUUCAAGACGGAAAGCUCUACAUUGUUCCCACUCUCACUUCGGACGCCCUUGGUGAUGCAGCCAUUACCAACGGCUACACCCUCAACCUGACCCAGGCUGGCACCUGCACCGCUGCCAACAAGACUGACGCCAAUUGCGCCGUCGCAUCUAAUGCUACCACCGGUCUCAUUCUCCCUCCCAUCCAGUCUGCACGAUUGAUGACCAACUUCUCGCGCACCAUCAAAUACGGUCGCGUCCAAGUCAAAGCGCGCAUGCCCACCGGCAACUGGAUCUGGCCUGCUGUCUGGAUGAUGCCCAAAGACUCGGUCUACGGUCCAUGGCCGCGCUCGGGUGAGAUUGACAUAUUUGAAGGCCGCGGAAACCUCCCUACCAACCGAGACAGCGAGGGAACCAACAAAAUGUCCUCCUCUCUCCACUAUGGUCCCAACUACCUCUUCGACGGAUACGGAUUCGCAACCAAGACGCGCAACCUUUGGAGGAAUUGGUUCAACCAGGACACCCACACUUUCGGUCUCGAAUGGACUGAAGACAAAAUCUGGACCUGGGAAGGAACGCGGGUGUUCAAAAACCUCCAAGUUGACUACGCCUCCGGGUUCUGGAAGCGUGGAAGAUUCCCUAAGCAGAUGGCUAAUGGUACUUUGCUUAGCAACCCUUGGGCUGGUGUGCAGGGUGAGAGCAAGAACGCUGCUCCUUUCGACCAGGAGUUCUACCUAAUCCUCAAUGUUGCCGUAGGUGGAACAAACGGAUACUUCAAGGAUGGAUUGCGAGAUGAUAAACCUUGGUCCAACGAUGCUGAGAAUGCAGCAGGGCAGUUCUGGCAGGCUAAGGACAAGUGGUUACCUACUUGGCCUACCGAUCCUAAGCAGAGAGGUAUGGAGAUUGAGUACGUCAAGAUGUGGCAGAAGUGCUAA